AUGUGGGAAGUUCAGGUCUUGAACUUAUCUUUCCCGUCUGGCAACCAGAGCACAGUCAGUGCCACACCGUCUUGGUCGGGCAGAGCAACACGUUGUUGCCCCGGCUUGGUUGCGCUCAGCAAAAUCCAGUUGCCCACUCCGUCGACAAGCAAAAAACCAUUGACAAACCUUCCCAAACACCCUGAGGCAUCCAACAGUUUGAAUCCUAUAAGUCAACCUUGCUUCUCUCCUGUCCCACUGGCCUGGCCCUCUGCAAGAGAAGAUGGUGAAUUACCUCAGUCUUCUCACGACAAUGGUGACAACCAUUUUGUCAACACCUACCCUAAACAGCGUACUCCGGCUGAGAUCAUAAAUCACGCCCGCAAGCAAAUGAAGGUCUCCCAGCACUAG